AUGAAAGUCAUUUAUUGGAAAUUGAAGGCGAAAGACUACAUAUUGCGCAGAGAGUACAUCGGAGCAGCUCAACCUUCCGCAUAUCCACCGCCUCAAUCCUAUCCGCAUCAAUAUCCAACAACGGGCGAUCCACCACAGUACACGUCGGUAGAAGCUCCGCCAUAUCCAUCGCGUUCAACCAUGCCCUAUCCGGAUGACCCACCACCAUAUCCGUCGUCGGUACGCUCUGGUCCUUCCCCUAUGUACCCACCAAGACCAAAGUGA